CCAUCACUGGCGCACACACACACGCACUAGCACGCCCACUUCUCUUAAUUUAGCCAAAGCCAAAUAGAAAAAGAACAAAACCAGCUUUUUUUGGCAGCUAUUUGUGUUGUUGGUGCCGUUCCGUACGAAUAAAAGGCCACGCGAUGAUAAGCUUUCUGUUCAUUGUAAAUCGCGCGCUCAGCAGCAGCAGCAGCGGCGCCAGCAGCAGUGCGGCAACCUUAACGAGAAGCAAGAAGAAGAUGACCGCCCCCGGGCCACGCCCCCUCGUCCUAUGCGGACCCUCGGGCUCCGGAAAGAGUACGCUGCUGAAGAGGCUAUUUGCGGAAUUCCCCAGCACCUUCGGCUUCAGCAUAUCGCACACCACGCGGAAGCCACGCGCUGGCGAGGAGCACGGAGUGCACUACUACUUUGUGGAACGGCCGGAAAUGGAGGAGGCGAUCGCCGGCGACGAGUUCAUCGAGACGGCGGAGUUUACGGGUAAUCUGUAUGGAACGAGCAAGGCGGCGGUUAGGGAAAUCCAGGCACAGGGACGCGUCUGCAUACUGGACAUCGAGCAGAAGGGUGUGGAGCAGAUACGUCGCACGGAUCUCAAUCCCAUACUGAUAUUCAACAAUCCACCGAGCAUCGAGGAGCUGGAACGACGACUGCGUCAACGUGGCUCCGAAACGGAGGAGUCGCUGAGCAAGCGCCUCAAUGCCGCCCAGGUGGAACUCGAUUAUGGUUUGACGCCGGGCAACUUCCACAAGAUCAUCAACAAUGUGGACAUCGAUGUGGCCUACGAGGAGUUCCGCAACUUUGUCGUCCAGGAACUCAAGGAACAGGAGAAGCAGGGAGUAUCAGUUAGCCUGAAGUAAGGUCAAGCAUUUUGCGUACGCAGAUGCAAUGAUAUUAACCUCAAUUGGGUGGUUUUUGUCUAAUCGUCGACAGAGAAAGUAAACUAUAGAAUAUUUAUCAUUGGAAACUGCAGGUGCUUUUGGAUAAACUUCAAACUUAUAGGAAAACCAGGUACUCUUUAUAAAUAUUAUAAAGAUUAGCAUAUAAGGCAAACGUAAAAACUUACAGAAGAUACAGAAUUGCAAACUUUACAUUUUAAAUAUUAGCGUUCUUGAAUUAAGUAGAAAACAUUAGUCUUCUUGAAUGAAAUAGAAAAUAAUAGUCUUCUUAAAUGAAAUAGAAAAUAAUACUAUUUUCAUAUAUAAGAGCAAUAUCAACAUUUUAGUUUUAUGUAGAAUCGAACUAUUUUUGAAUUCCAGGACAAAGUGGCUUAUAUUAAAUCAAAUGUUUUAAAAAGCUUUUAGAGAAGAGCAAAAUACUUUGUCAGCAGCGGAAUAUUGUUAGUAAACAAAACGCAGCGAACUUGACCUAAAGUUUUCAAUGAAUGUACACCAUAGAUUACUUUCCGUGACCCCGAUUCCUGAGGCGACCACCCAUAGAAAACCAAUGUUGACUAAUGGCAUUUAUACUUAAGAAAUGGCUUGUAUUUAUUAUUCUCCUCCUGUCCACCUCACUGUUGUGCAAAUUCGUUGUUCUAGUUGUAAUUUUAAGCUGAAAGUUGUUGCGCCGCUUCACGGUCGAGAAAACCGGAGAAGGCGAUUAAAAUGGAAUCAAUAAAGCGAACAAUAUGCGGGUA